GCUUGAUUAGCUUGUUCAGGUGUGUUUGAUUAAGGUUGGAGCUAAACUCAGCAGGACAGCGGCUCUCUAGGACCGAACUUGCCUACCCCUGAUCUAUAACUAUCUGAUUUGGUUCAGCCACCAAAUCAGACAUGAGUAGACUACAACGGACAGUCCCCAAACAAGUUCCCCCCUGCCCAAACUCAAAGACCUCUACACCCCCAGAGUGAGAACAAGGGAUAAAAAAUCACUUUGGACCCCACACACCUAGCCCACUGUCUCUUUGAACUUCUUGUAACUUACUUAGGUGUGAAAGUUGGUCAUGGUCAAGUUCACCCAGUGGAAGCUAAACUUUCUAGAGUUUCCAGUUUCCCUUUAAAAAACGAGAGUUGCAACGAUUUUUGGGAAUGGCGGGCUACUACAGAGGAUUUUGUGAGAAUAUCGCCACUGUAGUCUCUCCAUUAACUAACCUCCUGAGUCCCUCUAAGAAGUUUAUAUGGAGUGUGCUGAUGCUUUUUCUGCUGUAAAGGACAUUAUUUGUAAUGCCCCUGUGCUUACUGCCCCAAACUUCACCCUGCCUUUUAAACUACUGAUUGAUGCCAGUGCAACUUGGGUAGGAGCAGUCCUACUGCAGGAAGAUUCCUCUGGAGUAGACCACCCAGUAUGCUACUUCUCCAGAAAACUCUCCAAGUGUCAGCAGCAUUAUAGCACCAUAGAGAAGGAAACCUUAGCUCUUCUUUAGGCUUUGCAACAUUUUGAAGUUUAUGUUGGAGGUGGUUGUUCCCCAGUGUUAAUUUAUACCGACCACAAUCCCCUAAUCUUCUUAUAUCAAAUGUGCAAUUCUAAUCAAUGCCUGAUGUGCUGGUCCUUCAUUGUGCCAGAGUACACCUUAGAAAUUCAUCAUAAGAAGGGCUCAGAAAAUGUAAAAGCGGAUGCGUUGUCCAAUACCAAUUGUGCUGACAAAUGAUCUGUGAAUUUUGAACAUGUUUGUACGUGAUGCCACCUUUUUCUCGUAGAGGAGCUUGCAUUUGAACAGAGGGAACUGGCUGUUCACCAGAGAGAGAAUGGCCUGUCUGCUUUCCCAGACUUUGUUGGAUGUUGUGUGCACUGAGCUUUCUUUAAGAAAGCCUGUUGUACCUGCUGUAGUGGCAGAGAAAGCUUGGUGUGUAAUAGCUCCAUUAUUGUUGCCUGCAAAUGCAGUAAGGAGGCGGUGCCACUGUUGUUUCUACUAACACUUGCUUUUCUCCAGUAUUUGGGAUAGUAAGGUAGUCAGGGGAGGGAUCUGUUGUUUAUUUAGAUUUUUCGUUUAAUAGGUUAAUUAGAUUCCCAUAGUCCAGAGGUGGGGAACGUUGAUUCUGGAGGGCCAUUGUCCUGCAGAGUUUAGCUCCAACCCUAAAAAAACACUCACCUGCCUGUAACUUUAGGCCCUGUCCCAAAUGGCACCCUAAACACUCACGGCCUUCCUUAGAGUCCGCACUUUCGUGACGUAAAGUUGCUUUGACUGUCAGGGAAGAAGUCUGCCGUGGAGCUUGCACCAGUGUAGGGUCAGCAAAAGUGUGCAUCGAGGGUACAUAUUGGCCGCAAAGGGGGCACUCGCGAACACCCUUCUGAAGCCUAAAAUUAACAAAUGGGACACCGUACGGUCUCAUGGAAUCAAUGGACACAUGCACGCGGCAGCCAUUGUAAGUCCACAAGACCGAAAGUGCAUAGAAGUGUGCCAUUUGGGACAGGGCCUUCAUAAUCCUGAAGACCUUGAUUAGCUUCAGGUGUGUUUAAUUAGGUUUGGAGCUAAACUCUGCAGGACAAUGGCCCUCCAGUAUCAACGUUCCCCACCCCUGCCUUAGUCCCAGCUAGCUUACAUUUUGUUUGUUAUUUUGGUUCCUGAAGCUUAAAGCAUCUUAUCAUAAUUUCUUUUUGAGUUGUCAUUACUUUUAUCAACCUUAUCCUUAACUGCUGUACAAGAGUCUUUGUAAAUAAAAGCUUGAAGAGGGGAGUAAUGUUACUCCCCUGCCACCCCUAGACAAAAAGGGAAUGUAACAAUUAUCUACUAUACGUUUUAUAUAUACACUCUGUAUUUCUACUACUGGAUUAUAUUGCUUUAUUUAAAUAAAUAUUAUUGUUAUAUUUAAUUUCUACUGUGUAAUUCCAAAAGACGUCGAAUCCCAGGAAUGACUCACAUAUUAAAUAAUAGCACCAUAUGAAAAUAAGUGUCUAACAAUGAAGAUAAAUCGCUCUCAUGCUAUGUGUAUAUUAUUAAGAGUUUACCAUAGUACACAUUGACUUUACAAUUAAAAAAAGUGAAAGAAUUGAUAAAGUUAGUGACCCCUCAUAUUUUCUCAAACAUCACACUUAGCACUACAAAAUUAUGUAUUUUUUCUUAAAAAAUUGUGUUUUACCAAAAAAAAGCAAAUUUUACUGCCUAUUUGUCAACUACCCAGAUCAUUGUCAGAUACAGUUUUAAAGUAUAUUUAUCAGGUAUAUUAAUUGCAUGUAAAAACACUAAACUCAACCACAGCGUCUUUUAGCUGUUAUUAAAAUCUUACUGAAAACAUGACAGAAGGUACAGGGCAAGAAAUUACAAUUAUUUUCCUCAGUUCAUGUGAGCUGAACUGAUUUAUGAACGUGACACGAAUGGUGCAGUGAGCAUCAGGAGUACAAAAAUAACAUGCAUAUCCACGUCAUUGAGUUUAACAAAACAAUUGUGUCGUUUAUGUUGUUGUAGCUGACGGUUUGGGCGUUAUUUUAACAUUCGUUGCUACACCUCUGGAAUUCAAGGUUAUUUUUGAUUGAGAAAAAGACGGAGAGAGUUUGCUGUGAGCAGGUGUUACAGCAUCCUGUAGGGGGCGCUCUGAUACUCUCCAGUCCGCCGGUAAAACCAUGAAGAAAGAAAGAAGCUGCUGCACUGUGACGAUGUUGAGCAUGAAAGCGCAGAUGGAUGUGAUCUGCUGUAAAUCAGUAGGAACUGAUCUGUCCAUGCUGGAUAUUGAGGAUUUCAUCAGUGAAAUCUGUCAGCUGAAGAAAGAGGUGGCGUCACUGGAGGCAAAGCUGAGAGAAAGAGGAGACAAACCCAACAGAGAGGAUCUGGAGAAGGUUUCAGUGUGUGUGACUGAUGGGACAGAAGCUCAGGAUUCAGUCUGGAGAUCCAGAGACACACAGGACUCAGAGCUCAGCCUCACUUUACUGUGUUAUACUGACGCUCAGGAUCAUGGAUCCGCUGAUCAAACCUCUGACUGUAACGCUGGAGAACAGCAGAUGCUGCAGACGCCGCUGAAGAUGUGCUCCGUCAAACUGGUGGACUGCAGGAACCUGAUAGAGAGCAAAGGAGAAAAAAACACAGCAGAGGAACAACAACAGAGACAUGAGGAGGAAGAGGAGGAUGAAGAUGAUGAUUAUAAUGAGGAGGAGGAUGAAGAUCAGAAUACUAGUGAUGAUGAUGAAGGAAACAAUGUUGAGGAUGAUGACUUCAUUCCUUCAGAUGAGAAUGGCAGUUCAGCUCCUUAUGAAGAAAUAACCUCAACAUCAAAAGAUCAGCUGAAGGUCAAGAGAUUUUCCUGCUCCACCUGUGGGAAAACAUUGAGUUCACAGGGACAUUUAGCGAGACAUGAGAGAACACAUACAGAACAGAAAGAUUUCACCUGCAAGAUGUGCGACAUCAGCUUUCCUACCUUAGAAGAGAAGAGACGUCAUACAAAAGAGCACAGAGCGAAGAAAGAGUUUAACUGCAAACAGUGUGGGAAGGUUUAUUUCACUUAUAUGAGUCUAAAAGCUCAUAUGAAGACACACAGCAAAAAGACUUUCCAUUGCAGCGAGUGCAACAAGUAUUACAGAACCAAACAAAUUCUUAUUGUUCACAAUCGAAUCCACACGGGUGAAAAGCCAUACAAGUGCCCUCACUGCGAGAGAAGAUUCAUGUACGCAUCCAAUCUGAAGGCCCAUGUGCGUGUUCACACCAAUGAGAGGCCGUACCAGUGCAGUGAAUGUGGAAAAAACUUUACAAGUACAGGCUGUCUAAAGUCACACCAAAAAACACACUCUGAGGAUAAACCAUAUCAGUGUAAACACUGUAAUAAAGGAUUUCGUCACACAUCUCAGCUGAAAGAGCACGAGAAGAUUCAUACCGGAGAGAAACCGUACCUGUGCUCCUACUGCGGGAAGAGCUUUGCUCAUUCACAUCAUUUUAAACAUCAUCAGAGGAUUCACACUGGAGAAAGACCGUGUCAGUGCAGUGUUUGUGGGAAGAGUUUCAGAAAAGAUAGUGCCUUAAAAUAUCACCAGAGAAUUCAUACAGGAGAAAGACCGUACAAGUGUUCUCAGUGUGACAAGGCGUUCGCUCGAUUAGACGUCCUGAAGACUCAUGAGCGAGUUCAUACAGGAGAGAAACCUUACCGCUGCUCCAUCUGCGGCGAGAGAUUCACUUAUUUAGGUAGUUUUUAUACUCACCAGAAGAAACACACUAAAGAACAAACUGCUCCAGAAUCAUCAUAGUGUUUUUUCAUCAGUAAAUCUGGAUAAAAGACUCAUCCUGAAACUGUAAAUUGAGCUCUUUCUGCCAGUAGGUGGCAGUGUUGCAUUGAGCUUUGGGAGAGUAGAGAUGGAUUGAACAGAUUGCUUUGGAUGUAGUCAUGUUUAACAGAGCAGAGCAAUGAUUGUAUCUUAAACUUGACAGAACAAUUAAAAAGCCUCAAAAUAAAGAAAAUAUUAAUAUGUA